CCCGUCGACUCGUUUGCUGGGUUUGAUCGCUGGUUCCCGUCAAUCUCAUCGUCAUCAGGUAUUCUUCGAUCUCGCUUAAGAGGAUCAAAUUGUUAUAAUGGAUGGCUUGGUUAAUGCUAGCGCAAUUCCAUGUGAGAACAUGAUUGUGUAUAUAUGGGACAUGGAUGAGACACUUAUACUUCUAAAGUCCUUGUUGGAUGGGAGUUAUGCUGAGUCAUUUAAUGGUGUAAAGGAAUCAAGGAAGGGAACAGAUAUUGGGAAGCAUUGGGAAAAUCACAUUCUGCAAGUUUGUGAUGAUUAUUUCUUUUAUGAGCAGAUGGAGAAUUACAAUCAGCCUUGCCUUGAUGCUCUGAGCUUAUAUGAUGAUGGACGGGACCUUUCAGAUUAUAAUUUCAACAGUGAUGGCUUUAAACAUAUGCAUGAUGAUGCUGACAGAAGGAAACUUGCAUAUCGGCAGCGUGUUAUAGCUCAAAAGUAUGCGCAGGGUUUGCGUCAUGUGCUUGGUCAGCAACUGAUUGAGCUCUGGGAUGAUCUUUACCAAAUGACAGAUAAUUAUACUGAUGGUUGGUUUUCCUCAGGUCAUGCUUUUCUACAACAAAUUUUGGGAAGAAAUACAUUAUCAACAUCUAAUUACACAAGAUGCCAACACAUUAAUGUCUUAGUUACGUCUGGCUCUUUGAUACCCAGUCUUGUGAAAUGUUUGCUCUUUAAGUUGGAUGAUGUUUUCUCAUAUGAUAAUGUGUACAGCUCAUGGGAUGUGGGAAAACUACAGUGUUUCUCAUGGAUUAAAGAGCGAUUCAGUGGUCAAGCUGUACAGUUUUGUGUGAUUGGAGAUGGGAUGGAGGAAUGCAUGGCUGCACAAAGAAUGAACUGGCCCUUUAUUCAAAUUGAUUUUCGACCUGGUGGCGUUCACAGAUUUCCCGGAUUGACACUGAGAAUGGUUGAACACUAUAUUGAUGUCAUAUAUGGACCUUCAACUUCUGACAACGGUGAUGAAUACAUAUCACUUAUUGUGCUGUUUCCGUAUCAUCUUAAAAUCUCCCAAAGUUAUGUAUAUUAUUUAAAGAUAGAAGCUAAAGUUGAAGAUCGACAAGUAAAAGGAGCUUCUUGUUCAUUGGCUGGAUAUAUUAAGUUAUGUUUCAGUAAAAUUACCUUUGCUAUGUUCUUUCUUGGGUGUUGAUUUACUUUUUGAAUUUUCCCUCCUUGUCUUGCAUUAUUAAAUAAACCAAAAGCCAAAUUAUUUUUCAGAAUGAAGUGGCCUGACUUAAGUGUGGU